UGUACGAAACAUCAAUUACAGAAACACAGAUUUUCUGUUAUCGUUAUUCAUUUCAGGAAACUUUUACAGAACUGAUCUGUAGGGUAGCUAUGUAAUAUUUUCUGUGACCAUAGUGUUCUACGCAUCGUUUUUUAUUUCUGGCUGUGACAGAACUGUUCGGAACUGUUACAGAAUUGAUCUGUGUUCUGCCCAUCGAUAAUUCAUCCAUAUUGAACCAUUGUCUAAUAAGUUCGUAAUACAGAACCAAAACAAACCCAAUAAAGUAAGCCUUGUCUAUGAUUUCGUUUGUAUGAGCUUGUGUUAGUUAACAAACUUGCUGUAAAAUGUAAUGUAGAUUUUUAUUUACGAAAAGAGUUGAAAAGUUCUAGUUAUUCAUGAUGUCAAAAAACUCAAAUACUAGAUCGAGAGAGACUGAAGGUGUUCCAUGCUUGAAAAGAACUCUAAUUGGUAAACAAAAUAAAAUUCAUGUGGUGAUCAGGAGAAGAAAUAUCAGUUCACCAGGACCCCCAGGCCAACUUGAAAGAAGUAUAGACGAUCCAAAGUUAAUUAGCCCUUUAGUGCACUUGUGGCAGGAUUGGCAACACACUCGACGAUCAAUUUUCGAUAGGAAAGGUAUAGUUGUAAAUCAACCAGAACAUCUGGAUCAAGAGCGUUCAAGACCAACAAGGUCCAAGACUCCUAGUAGAUCAAAAAGUCCAGCUAGCUAUAGAAGCAGAAAAAGCUCUGCAAGAAAUAAAAGUAACUCACCAAGAGAAAGAAGUAACUCAUCUAGAGAAAGAAGUAACUCACCAAGAACAAGAAAUAAUUCUCCCAAUGAAAAAGGUAAAGAAAGAAGUCCUUAUCGUAGAAAGAGUCUUGAUCGCAGAAGAAGCUCUGAAAGAAACAGACGUAGUAAAAGCCUAGACAUGAGAAAAAGUGUUGAAAACUACAGAGAACGUAGAAGUGGAAGCAGGGAAAGAACCACAGGGAGUGCAGGAAAGAAAAAAGAAAAAUAUUCUGAACAUAAAUGUUUCAGAAAGAAAUCAAUUUCACCUUUGAGGCCUGGAGAGUAUAUACCAUUUCAUCCUGAUUUGAAGAAACGAAACAGAUCACGAGAAGAACGAAAAGAUAACAUUAGAGAAAGUAGGUCAUCAAGAGAAAGCAGUAACUCACCUAGAAGUCGAAGCUACUCAAUGAGACAAAGAAGUAACUGUCCCAGAGAAAAAAGUACUGGAAGAAGAAGCCUUCUUGGGAGAAAUAGUCCUGAUCGAAGAAGAAGAAGUUCUGAAAAAGUCCGGCGUAGUAGAAGUCUAGACAUAAGGAAAAGUGUUGAAAACCUCAGAGAACGGAGAAGUGGAAGCAGGGAGGGAAUCACUGGGAAUGCAGGAAGGAAAAAUGAAAAAGAUUACAAAAAAACAAUGUUGAAAAAUAAAAUAAUUUCACCUUUGAGGCCUGGAGAGUAUAUACAAUUUCAUCCUGAUUUGGAGAAACACUACAGAUCAAGAGAAGAACGAAACGAUAACUUCAGGUGGGUAAACAUCCACUUUGAAUGA